CGCGGCGGGGCCGGAGGUGGGCGGCCCCCGGCCCACGGCCCGCCCCCGGCCCCUGGAGCCUCUGCGCCGCCGCUGGGGUCCGGCCGCCAUGAGGGGGACGCGGGGCGCGCUGGGCCUGUCGCUGCGAUCGGCGCGGCCGGGCUGGUUAUGGGGGGCUGCGGCGGCGCUGCUGGGGCUGGGCGCCCUGCUCGGGGCAUGGCGCUGGGCCGGCGGGCUGAGGCGAGCGGCGGGGCGCCGGCGCCGGCUGCAGCGGGUGGGGACGGUGCUGAGCAUUUUCGUGUACCCGGUGAAGUCGUGCCGGGGGAUACCGGUGCGGGAGGCGCAGGUGACGCCGAUGGGGCUGCGGAGCGGGGAGCUGCGGGACAGGUUUUGGCUUGUGACCAAGGAGGAUGGGCACAUGGUUACAGCUCGGCAGGAGCCCCGGCUGGUGCUCAUUUCUGUCAGCUCUGAAGAUGGGCACUUGACUUUGGAGGCCCCAGAAAUGAAGAAGCUGUGCGUGCCUGUAAAGCUGCCCAGGAAAAAUCGUGUGGUGAACUGCAGGGUGUUUGGACUGGAUAUCCAAGGCAGGGACUGUGGAGAUGAAGUGGCUCAGUGGAUCACCACUUUCCUGAAUUCGGAGCCAUAUCGCCUGGUGCACUUUGAGCCCUCCAUGGUGCCAAGAAAGUCAAAGGACAUAAUAAAUCUUUUCCGAACCACAGAUGAGGUUGCCUAUCCUGACUGUAGCCCAGUCUUGGUCAUCUCAGAAGCUUCACUGGAAGAUUUAAAUGCCAAGCUGGAGAAGAAAGUGAAGAUACAGAACUUCAGGCCAAAUAUUUUUGUGACGGAUUGCAGUGCUUUUGAGGAGGACACCUGGGAGGAUGUUGUUAUUGGUGAUGUGGAAAUGAAAGGGACAGUGUGUUGUGCCAGGUGUAUUUUAACAACUGUUAACCCAGACACUGGGUUGCUGGACAGGAAGGAGCCCUUGGAAACAUUGAAAAGUUACCGCUUAUGUGAUCCAUCUGAGCGACACAUCUACAAAUCCAGCCCCCUCUUUGGGAGAUACUUUGCCGUUGACAAAACUGGAAAGAUUCAAGUUGGAGACCCUGUGUACAAGAUGGUCCAAUAAUGAGGGAGACUUCAAACAGAAGAUACCUUUUGGCUUUGAUACACAAAUUGGUUUUCCAUGAACACAAUCACCAGCAUAACUUUUUCUUAUUUCAUGCAGUAUUUUUCAUGCUGUGUUCCUUUGUAAGGUGCAAGGGCAUCUUAGAGGCUAUGAAGUGCCAAUCAUUUCAGAUCAUGUAAUCUACUAGCAUGCCUGUAGCAACCACAUCUUUAGUUUUCCUGGAGGCUGUGAUAGAAGGCUGUGAUCCAAGACUGAUUUCACAGCACUACUGUGAGUCACACCCCCUACAAUUUUAUGUCAAGCCCAAUAUUGGAAUCCGAAAUACAAGGGCUUUGCAUUGUGUGUUAGAUACAUUCAGUGCCUACAAAGAACCACAAAAAGAGUCAUGCCAAGUGUGAAGUAAAUAUGUUGGUCACAGAACUGCCUUUACAAGUGAACAUGGAGUGCAGAUGGCGAGGCUCUGUCUUAGAUUCCACCCUGCUUUGGUCCUAAUCAUCUCACCCUGUCUAUGUCUGGAAAUACUUCUUUUGCAAUGUUUCUUAUCCUGCAAUCAUUUCCUGAAGGUUGCUACUGUCUUUUGGGAUUGAGGCAAGAUCAGAAGGAGAAGGACUGGGAGCUGGCUAAGUGCUACUGUAGUCUAGAGGUGGGAACACCUGCUAACAGUGUGUGAGACUGUGGGUUUGUUUAGUUUAUGAUCUCUGCUUGAUAGAGUUUGAACCAUCAGGUUUUUCUCUUGUGAAGCAUACAGUAGCACCAAAGCUGUGGAGUAGUGAUGCAUUUGCUAAUGUUUCAGUAUGUCGUGGUUUAAGCCCAGCUGGUAACUCCAGAACCACGCAGCCACUCGCUCACUUCUCCCCUUCUUUCCCCCCUGCUCCCAGAGGGAUGGGGAGGAGAAUGGAAAGAAUAUAACUUCCAUGGGUUGAGAGAAGAGCAGUCCAGUAAUUAAGAUAUAACACAAAACUACUACUGCUACCAUCAAUAAUAAUAGUGAUAAGGGAAAUAACAGGGGGAGAGGAUGCAAUUGCUCAGCACCCGCUGACCGAUACCCAGCCCAACCUGAGCAGUGAUCUGGGCCUUCCAGGUAACUCCCCCUGGUUUUUCUUCUGGACAUGACGUGCUGUGGUAUGGAAUACCCCUUUGGCCAGUUUGGGUCAGGUGUCCUGUCUCUGCUUCCUUCUGGCUUCCCAUGCCCCUUCUCACUGGCAGAGCAUGAGACUGAAAAGUCCUUGAUCAGAGUAAGAAAUACUUAGCAACAACUAAAAACAUUGGUGUGUUAUCAGUGUUGUUCUCAGGCUAAAGUUGAAAACACAGCACUGCACCAGCUACUAAGAAGGAGGAAAAAUGACGGCUACAGCUGAACCCAGGACACAGUAGAACUUCCACUCUGACUAAAAGGAUGAGGUGUAUUAGAGACUUUAUGCACAUUGGAGGAGAAGAAAAGCUGUUGGGAGUGAUUCAGUUCUGAGCCUGCCCCAUUCAAGUUGAUGUCCAGGCUGAUAUUUUAGGGCUCUGUGUUCAUGUGUAGCUCCUCUCUGGCUCAGUGAAUCUGUUACUAUGGUGAGUUAGGCUGUUAAACAGAUGUGUGGGAAGCUGCAGUUUUAGACUGUGUUAACAUCCAGUAAAGACACGUUUAGGUCUCUGGUUGCCCCCCACCCCUGCUCCUAACCAAAAUGUCACCCAUUUGUAGGAAGCUGAUAAUUAUAUUUUGUGCUAUCCUUUAUACUGCAUAAAACAGAUAUGGGAGGAAACUUGGUUUUCAACCAACAGAUAUGGUUGGAUUAUGGCAGUAGUCUCUUUUCUUUAAAUGUUAAAAAAGUGGACUCCAAGACACAAGCCAGCCAUCUUUCAAAUGCUCCUCUGCAUGUUUCUUUGUUGUGGAUUACUAGAUCUAGAAAGAGUGUUGAACUAGACAAAGAGAGGAAUAUAAUUAAGUGUGAAAAAGGACAAAUAACCCAAUGUGGCGUUUAGAUUCUUUGUUCCCUGUUGUGAAUAUGAAACUAGAAUUUUGCUGCACAUUCACAACUCAGACCUGUAAGAUGAUAAAGAGCUGUUGUGCUUUUGAACGAUUUCAGAUGGAUAUAUGUGGCAAGCCUGAAGCAGGCAUAUGGGGAAGGCAGUUUUCUGUUGCUUGUGAACUCAGGUUUGCUCUGAAUAACAUUUUGCUAGCAGAGUGCUCUGUAAGUACUAAGUUUUGCUGUGAGAGACAAGUGCCCAGUUUGGACUGCACGUUGCAUGUUUGUGUAUUGUUAUGCCUGAUACAGCAGAGAAAAAGCAUCUUUUGAAAAGGAUAAUAAGCUUGAGGUUCGCUUUAAAAAGGCUUAUGUUGAAGAUCCUUAAUAUUAGAAACUGAAAUCUUGUGCAACUCCUAAUGGUAUUAUUAAGCAAAGACAGCCUGCUGGCCUGCCAAAGCGAUUAGUUAAGUGUGUGUCUCUUCAUUAAAUCAAAGAAGUGGAAGGAAAGAGAGCUGAAUUUUUGCCUCUAGCCAGGCGUAAUUUUUCGCUGCUGUUUUAGCACCACGUUAGAUUUUAUGUAACAAAUUCUGUGGUAUAGAUCACGUUGCCUCUCGUUAGGUUCUCGUCAAUUGGGCUAAUUUGGAAAUGAGGCUGUCUUUCUAAUGAGAACCUGCAUCUGCAUUCCUGUUAAGGACAUGCCAUAGAUCUAAAAUAGUGAUUUAUCCCUGUAAAAGUCCCUUAGAAGAAUAUGGCUUGCAUCCCUAAAACAGGUAUGUGUGUGAGUAUAACACAUCUCAUGAGUGACACUUAAAUAUGUGGAAGGAAGUGGAGAGUGUAACUUUACAAACAUUACAAUAUACAUAUCUUCAUGUAAAUGUUGAACUGCUGUAACUGUAGGAAUUGUAUUUGACUUUGCUAAAGCCAUUUAUGAAAUGGACUGAAAACAUGUCAAUCGUAGAACACUGGUUUUUAAAUUGCUUACUUAAAAAUGUUAAUUGCUUUUAUAACUCUAGAGGAAGCAAACAUAUAAACUUGUAUUGAAUCUAAA